AUGUUAACAACCCUUUCACAUUUUCGGCUACGAUCCGUCAUCACACCACCUUACCGGCCACAAAUAGAUGACGUUCCUAGCUAUUAUUCACAAUUGCAAAUGCCCGAACAAUUCCAUUUCCAAUAUCAACCUCAAAUCCAACCAUCUCAAACCCAAUUUUCAUCCCAACCGCCAUUCACACCUUCAACGGAACUAUUUUCUUAUUCUGAACACGAAGAACAGCAACACCAACAUCAACAACAAAAGAAAGGGAAGGUUGAUCCGAGAAGAUGGACACAAAAAGAAGAUUUUGAGUUAGCAAUGGCAUGA